AUGUAUUUGCAUCAAGGGCCACUUGUGGACAUGGCUGUAGAAACUGCGGCGGAAACUGGAAUGUUUGAGGUGAAGGCCUUCAUUCAAGUUCUUUCAAACAGAGCAUUCAGAAGAAAAUUGAGAAACAAUGUAGAAGCCGAAGAGCCCGAGACCGAAGCGGCUGGAGAUGCGGCCGAGGAGGAAGGAGGAGCAGCUAAACCCCCAAGGCCUCCUAUCGUCAAGCUCGGGGACAUCAUGGGGAUUUUGAAUAAAAGGGCUGUUGAGGCCGCAGAGAGUGAGAGGCCAGUUCCGGACCUUAGAACCGGUGACAUUGUCGAGAUUAAAUUGGAAGUGCCAGAGAAUAGGAGAAGAGCCUCUAUCUAUAAGGGUAUAGUUAUAUCGAAGCAGAAUGCAGGAAUUCACACCACAAUUCGUAUUCGGAGAAUCAUUGCGGGGAUUGGUGUUGAGAUUGUCUUCCCUGUGUAUUCGCCGAACAUUAAGGAGAUCAAAGUCGUCAAACAUAGAAAAGUGCGUAGGGCAAGGCUCUACUACUUGAGGGACAAACUGCCUCGCCUUUCAACAUUCAAAUAACCUUGUGUGUUAUAGUCCAACUCAAUAUUUUUUCUUUUGCUCAGUGUAUCAGUUGAGAGUUGUAAUUCUUCACAUUAUCAGUUCUGGUUCCCUUUCAAUUUUUGUUUCACAAAAAUGCUUAUGUGGUAGUAUGAUGAUGCAUUUUUGAAUAUUCAGAAAGUGUUGUUUACUCUUGU